GGAAGGUGACGCCUUUGUCCGCAGGUGAUCAACAGUAGAAAGAGAAGGCAACGAACCACCUCAAGAGGACUGUCAGAAAACUGUCAGAAAUGACUUUUAUACAAAGUUAACACUAAUAUGAUCUAAGGGAAAUAGAAUCCAACAUGGUAAAUUCAGGAGUAUGCUGUGCCAGCCUCAAGGACAACAAAGCCCUGAUGAAGAUGGGGCUGGGGCUGGUGCUGGUGGGUCAUGUCAACUUUCUUCUGGGAGCACUGGUGCACGGCGCCGUGCUCAGGCACAUCAAUGUGGACUCUCAGGCCCGCACCAUGGUGUACGCCAUCUCUAAUGUCAUUGCCAUUGUGACAGGCUUGGUGGGAAUUAUUUGUGGAAUAGCAGCCAUUGUCCUGUCCAAAAACAAGAAAAACAGGAUCCUGCAGUGGUUCUUGUUGGUCUUCAGCUUCCUGGCAGGUCUCUUGUCAAUUGCCUCCACCCUGGGCUUGUUAGUUUCUACGGUGCAAGCCAUUAUUUUCAAAGGACAGAGCCUGUUAACGCACUGCACAUUUUCUGAUGACACUUCCGGCUCUUCCAGCGGCCCAUACGAAUGCCCCUUUGACCCUACCCGUGUGUAUGAGACCACCAUCAUUCUAUGGGUGCCUCUCAUCUUGGUGUCCCUGGUGGAAAUGGUGUUCUCCUUCCGCUGCUUUGCUGUCUGUACUUCAUUCCUCUACCUCUGUCCGUGCAGGAAAAGGCCGACCCAAGCAAAGAGGGCACAUGUCCAGUGGGCUGUUGAAACUACAUCACUUCCAGCACAAGCUCAAGACUCCGAAGCUGCUGCUGAGCCAGAUGCUGAGCAGGAUGAACUGCUGGAGCAAAGUCAAUGGCUAUGAAACAGCUAAACCUAAUGGGAUAGGUUGGGAACUACUGGGGUUAACUGGAUAAAAUGCAAGGCCAUCUGAAGUAGUUGCAUUGAGUGUCUGUUACACAUUAAAUGU